AUGUCGACUCUUUACCAAAUUGAUGACAAUGCACGUAGCGUGAUUAGAAAAUUUCGACUUUCGACCAGCAGGUCUGAAACAUUGAAAAGCUUGGUGCUUACCAUCAAGCCAAACCCUUACGAGGUAGUAAUUGACCAGAACACAACAGAAGAAGCCGCAGAUGCAGUGACUACCCUAGAUGAACUUAGAGAUGUCCUUCCUGAUAAUCUACCAAGGUUUGUCCUGUUGGCUUACCCGAUCUUGACCAAAGACGGUAGGAAGCAGACCUUGCUAGUUAUGUUGUACUGGAGACCGCCCACUAUAGUCUCGCAGGAGUUGAAGAUGGUUUAUGCUGCUGUUGUAGAGUUAGUGAAGAGCGAAUGCGCCCCCAACAGAUACAUAGAAGUUACUGGUGAUUUAGAAGACGACGAUGAGAUCGCUGAACUAAAGCAGCAGAUAGAAAGGGCGGACUAG